UGACAAUCACGUGAUUUUCCUGGGUGUGGCUCAUAUAGAAACGUGAUAAAAAAGAAGCUCUGAAUGUUCUCACGCCAUUUCUCAAGCCGGUUACUCUUUUUCACUCGAGGAUUAAGGACUACAGCAAGUCUCAAGAUGCCUAUACAGGUCGGUCAAACUCUUCCAUCUAUUGAACUCCAUGAAGGAACGCCUAAAGACAAAGUCAACAUUUUGGAGCUUUUCAAAGGAAAGAAAGGGAUACUUUUUGCAGUUCCUGGAGCCUUUACGCCUGGCUGCAGCCAAACCCAUCUUCCUGGAUAUGUGAAUGAUUACUUAAAGUUGAAAGCCAAAGGUUUUGAAGUUAUUGCUUGUGUUUCUGUCAAUGAUGCUUUUGUCAUGUCAGCUUGGGGCAUUGAGAGGAAAGCCACUGGAAAGAUAAGAAUGCUGGCAGAUCCUGCAGGUGAAUUUACUAAGGCUGUUGAUCUUGGUUUUGAUGCAACACCAGCCCUUGGGAAUAUACGCUCAAAGAGGUAUGCUAUGACAAUUGAAGACGGUGUAGUAAAGAGUGUUGCUAUUGAGCCUGAUGCAACUGGCCUCACUGUUAGCCUUUCUUGUAGCAUACUCAAUGAGUAGCUCUUCAUUCUUUGCCAAUUAAUGACUCAUCAUCAUUCUAUUGUAGUAAACUAUUGUUAUGUUAGUUUAAGGCCCAUUUAUUGUAGUUUCCACAGGUAAUUAGAUCACUUUUUAUUUCUAAUAAUAGUUGCAGAAAAAAAAA